AUGGCGGCAAGUCGUUCGAUGGAGUCGAGAGUUGGUCGGAGCAAGCAACGUUACGCUGACAGCGGAGAACGACUCGUGGCAGGUGUGGUCCCUCUCAAUGCGGCCAAGACACACGUCCUCUUGAUCCAGUCGACUCGGCGCACCGGAUGGGUUCUGCCAAAGGGCGGCUGGGAAUCCGACGAGACAAGUACCGAGGCUGCGACGCGCGAAGCCUGGGAAGAGGCCGGAAUUAUCUGCAAGGUCGACUACGAUCUUGGACAGAUCAAAGAGACCCGGCCCCCGAAGCAAAUGUCCAAGGAGGCUCCCAAGGCGCUCUACCAUUUCUUUCAGGUCACCGUUACAAGUGAGGAGGCAGAAUGGCCGGAGAAGCACAAGAGAACACGGCAGUGGGCAAACUUCGCCGAGGCUUCUGAAGCGCUUAAGGCUCGCCCGGAAUUGCUGGAGGCCCUCAAACGCUCCACGAUCAUCCAGUAG